AUGAAGACUGCGACGAUCAUUAUCGCCCUUGCCUGGGCAAGCAUAACGGAAUCAAAAUCGCACUCGAGGAAGGAGAAACGGGGUGUAGCAUUGUUGGGACCAUCCGGUUACGACUUCUUUGGGGCUGUGCCAGUAUUCUCCACCGGUCCAUGGGCACCCACCAGCUUCGGAUCUGCCCCGUGGAGCUCCUCGGGCGUUCCUGAUAUUCCGCUGACGCAGGUUCAGGCUCAGGCUACUCACGACGUUGCUCUUCAGACAUUGAGAGAUUCCUCUUCUGGGACUCCGAACAUCGCCUAUCCACCCGAAGUCCUCAAAGCCAUCCAACAGGCCAAGGAAGCGAACCACAACGUGAACAUAGCUCAGCAAAGAGUCGCCGAAGCCAAACAAGUCGCCGUUCUUCAGCAGAAGGUCGCCCUAGCGAAAGAAGCCGCCGCAAGAGAAGCUGCAGCGAGAUCCCAAGAGAUAACGUCGUCUGCCGAGUCGGAGGCUAGGGCCAGCGCGAAACAAUUAGUGGCUACCCAACAGAGAUUGGCGUCGCUGAAGGAUGCAGUUGCAGCUGCUCAGAGGGUGGCUGCUGCCAGGGAGGCUGCUGCAGCGGCAGCGAUUCAGCGAAAUGCAGCUGAGACUGCCGCUCAACUGCAGAAACAGGAUGUCGACAAGCAGAUCAGUCAGAGCGAACAGGAAGCAAAGGAAAAAGAUAUAAUCGCGGCUAAGGAGAACGCUGUGGCGAAUGCCGUUCAACUUUCCGCUCUGCAGAAGCAUCAUCCAUGGAAUCGCUGA